UGGGAAGCGCCUAACUCUUAGUUUCCCAAAGUUUUAACGCGAAGCUAACGGACGGCUAACGGACGGCUAACGGACAACUGACGGACAACUGACGGACGGCUGAUGGACAGACGUGAGUUCCCGCCUCAGUAGCCGCCUAGACAACAGAUGGACGACAUCAACGUACUACACCACAGAUGCCUCCUGAAUUUGAGGCGUCGAAUCAGAGAUAUCGGGGAUGGACGUCCAGCACAGGAACGAUAUAUGAGGUUGCAGAAGGAUGGAGACACACUCAGUUACCAAGGGAACUCUGAAGAGGUGGGUUGCUAUGUGGCUGGCCAUCCUUUAUCAAAGGGAAAUUGCUACUUCGAGGUGACAAUAGUGGACACAGGGGUGAGGGGGACCAUUGCUGUGGGCCUGGUGCCUAAAUUCUACAGGCUGGACCACCAGCCUGGCUGGCUGCCAUACUCUGUAGCUUACCACGCUGACAACGGCAAGUUAUAUAAUGGCAACCCUGUGGGACAGCAGUUUGGGCCAAAGUGUGCUCGUGGUGACCGUAUAGGCUGUGGAAUACACUCAGAAAACAUUGAAGCAGGCUUUACAACGGUCUUUUUCACCAAAAAUGGCAAAGAGGUUGGUUCGGUGGAAGUUCCCGUGUCUGCAGAGGGACUGUUCCCCGCCGUGGGGAUGCACUCCAUGGGCGAGGAGGUGAAGGUUGACCUGCAGGCUGAGUGGCUCCUGGAGGAAGAUGAUAGUAUGAUGAUGGUGGACAGCCACGAAGAUGACUGGGGGCGGCUUUAUGAUGUCAGGGUGAGCGGCACGCUCUUGGAGUAUGUUGGCAAAGGAAAAAGCAUCAUGGACGUGGGUUUGGCCCAAGCCCGCCAGCCACUCACCACCCGCUGCCACUACUAUGAAUUAGAGAUCGUUGAUGCUGGGGAGAAGUGCUACAUUGCCCUGGGCCUGGCAAGAAGGGACUACCCCAGGAACAGACACCCAGGAUGGAGCCGAGGGUCGGUGGCGUACCACGCAGACGAUGGGAAGAUCUUUCACGGCAGCGGGGUUGGAGACGCUUUCGGUCCUCGCUGCUUCAAAGGUGACAUCAUGGGCUGCGGCAUCAUGUUCCCACGAGACUACAUCCUGGAAGGAGAAGGUGACGUGGACGACUGGGAUCGGCUGGAGGUUCGUCCAGGUCACGCAGGCGUCCAGAACGUUCUGUACCUCAACGACGAAGAGGAGGAGGAAGAAGAUGGGGAAGAGGUAGAGCAGGGACAGGAGGGCAGGAAGGUCAUGGUGUUCUUCACGAGGAACGGGAAGCUGAUGGGCCGGAGGGAGAUGGCGGUCCCUCCUGGCGGCCUCUACCCCACCGUGGGGAUGAUGAGCAGCGGCGAGAAGGUGAAGGUGGAUCUGCAUCCCCUCAGCGGGUGAGCUGGGAGCGCGGUACGGGAACCUCGUGGACGCCCUGCAAACAGCUGGCUGCGCUGUAGAGCUCACCCACGGUAGCCUAGCAUGCUGCUAACACUCGCCAGAACACACUCAGUUCAGCUGCACACAUGCACGUCGCCGUCGUCUUCCUCGACACUGCCUCGGCUUUAAUUUAUAAGACUCUGUACAGUUCACCAGAAACGACCAGAUCGUCGAGCUGGCUGUAAGCGGAGAGGGAGAGGGGUCAGCAGCAUGUACACCUCGAAGCUAAAACUGGAAGAUAUUUAACUGUUAAUUCUAUGCAAUGGAUCUGUACUGCUAUCAUCCGCUCACAUCUUAACCUCCUCCUGCAUGCGAGCGUGUCUCUGAAACACGGAGCUGUUAAAUCCCUCUCAUGAGGUCUGGCACACUCACUUUAUUUCAUUUGUCACGACCCCAAGCAAAGCAGAGCGAGGCCAACAGUUGUGCCGAGUCAGAGCUCGUUGGCGGUUUAUGUUUCAGGGAAUACACCCUCUCUCUCUCUCUCUCUCUCUCUCUCUCUCUUUUUUCCUCUCUCUUUCUCUUUUGGUCUCUCUCACACAGUCUUUCUCAACCUCCCUCUCCCUGUCCCUCUCUCUGGGUGAGGCUGCCCUCCUGUGAGCGAUCAGGGACCUGCUGUUGCCCCACCUCGCUUGCUCUGCUCUCCCGGAGCUGGCUGGGAGUGAACAGUUGGUCUGUUGCGAUAUUUCAGAAAUGCAUCCACGCUCUUCUUGCACGAGGAUUAUUAUUAUUACAGGUUUUUGUUUCUGAGAGUGGAUGAAUUCAGUGUUUUUAUAGUUUCACGUUGGAGCCAGACUACGAAUAAAAACAGGUAUAUUUUCUACAGAGGAUCACUCAAAUGUAUCUUCUGCAUCAAAAGUUCAGGGAUUGUUUUGUUUGUGCACUUUGAGGACAUGAGAUAGUCACAUGGAAGGGAGGCUGGGGGAGACAUUUAGGGCGGACGUGCAUUCAGUGGGUGGACAAAAAUAAAGAAACACCUUCCAGUAUAAAGCAAUCUGAUGCAACACCACAAUCUACAGCCAUAAAAAUAACCACAGAGUUAAAGAAACACCUCUGAGAGCAAAAUGUAACUUUGCAAACCUCACACAGAAGUAUCAGUUGCAGGUCUGUUGGAUUGCAUCAUACUGUAAAGUGUUAUUCUGUGUUUGAAUUCUCCUUUCACUCACUGAGCAUGUUUCCCCUUCGACAUGAAGGAUCAUUUCCCGUCUCUUUCCUCCUUUUUAACCAGAAAGUUUUGAGGCAGUUUUAAAAAAAAAAAAAAAAAAAAAACCUGCUCAAAUCCUCUGUUUUUGCUUUUUGCUGUCAGAAGAUAACUUUCCUCUCUGUGAUGUAGAAUUAACUGCUGGAUGUUUUUUGUUUCUGAAGAUGAAGACAAUGUUUUGGUUGCUGCGCGUGCUGCAUGUUUUAAGAUACUUUUUAGUGAUGUGUUUGUGUGUCUGCACAGCGUAGGACAGCUGCAGCAGGAGCCUGCAUCACAAAGCACAAAGCACCAGAGUCCAGCUCCCUUUUAAACCGAGUUAGAUCGCCGUUGUUACCUGUGCAGGGCGACUUCGUGGAUCGUUUACCUUGAAUAUUAUGUCAAAGAUCGAAGAAACAUUUUUUGCACGAGACUUUUAUCAUCGAUUAAUCUGCUGUUUACUGUAUUUUCUUCUUGAUUUAUUGUUUUUUUGUCUUUAAAAUGUUAGAAAAUUGUUAAUAACACCGUCACAAAAACCCUAAAACCUAAGUUCAUGUCUUCAUGCUAGCAGUGUGCGUCUCUCCCUUCUAAGAGGAUCCGAUAUGUAUCCAGGUACACGAUACGAUUCGGGGACAAUUCGGUGGGAUUUGACGCACAUUUUAAUUUUAUCUUCUCUGUGGACGACCUAAAGCACAGAUCUCCUCUUUUACUGUCCUUCUCUCUCUGGGGAAGUAAAUGAAAUCAAAGCUUUUUAGAGUUUACAGCACUCGUUUCAACCAACUACAGCAGUGAAAAUCCUGCUUUUACAUUAAUAUUACACAUAUAUAUGAUAGUAGAACAGAAACGGGACAGUUCGCUGCGCUUUAGUACUUUUAACUGAACAUUUCUCCUGAUUACACUCAGGAUGAAGGAUCCUAACGCACCGAGCUUUGUGAUUCAGGCUCCAGAGAUAAAAACAAUCUGUGCUGGUGAAUGAGAAAAUACUGUUAUUGUGUCAGUGGGAGCUGGUUUCCACACAAAUAUUAAGAAUGAUGUUUUUAUUGUGUGUGUGUGUGUGUGUGUUUGAUUAAAGGGAAUGAUGAUAUCAACAUUAUUCUAAUGUAUAAAUCCGUUAAAACAACCUCUGCAUCUGCUCACAUCUGUAUUAGUCCAUUACAGCAGCUGUGUACAUUCCUCUGCGCCUCCCUGUGAGUCGCAUACAGCAGGUUUAUCUGUGUCACUCAUUCAUUCAUACACUAGAACACUGCAGACCGUAAUGCUAGACAUAUAACGUGAUGUAUAAUUACUACACAGGGUUAACUAUUAAAAUCACGUAUCUGCUGGAGAUCGUACGUUUGUUUUUAGCUGUCGUCUGUUUUUUUUUUUGGAGCCAUCGAUGAUGAAAUUAUGUAAAUCAGUCUUGUUUUUCUCCUCCUGCAGGGCUGGAUAGAGACUUAAGUUCAGGUCGUUACAGCCUGGAACUGUAAAACUUAAUGCUAGACGGUGCAAAGAUAUUAACGAGACACCGACGUGGACGGUUGUUGUUCUUCCGGCCACGUCUAAGUUCAGGGUAUUAAAGUCACUUCUAUUAAAGUUUACGCAGAAUCUCAGUUUACAGAAAGUUUCACGGUUCAACCAAAUUAGAGCUAAAAUCUGAUUUUAAAUGUUUGUAGCGACUUUACUCACCGAGGACUCGUGUAAUAACUCCUCGCCUUGUUGACUUGCACUAUAAUGGCCUUGUUCAGUACAUGUAUGAUCAUCAAUAAAGGUUUCAGUAACUUAA